ACAUGCCUCUUCUGCCUCACUCCCCCCAAAAAUUACUUCACUACCCUUUCAUUAUUUCUGCACCACCACUGCACAUCCAUUAAACCAAAAGCUCCACUGUUUUAAACCUACUCUCUGUCACUUUCUCUUUUUUAUCAUCUUUUUUUACUUUUUUUACUGUUCACUCCCAUCUCAUUUCCUACCCCAUUUCCUACUUAAGCUUCCUUUUAUUCUGGCUCUCCCAACAAUGGAGGCUUUCAGCUUGCUUAAGUACUGGAGAGGCGGUGGCGCAGCCUCAGCCUGCGCAACUCCAUCUCCUCCUGAUGUCUCCACAACUAUUUCCAACACUCUCGUUAGUAAUGUGCAAGAGUCUGACGAUGAAGAGAACGGUGAUGACGGCCCGUUCUUCGACAUGGAGUUUGCGGUCAAGAGAGACGAGAGAGAUAGAGAGUUUAUUUCCGAGUCUGAUGAUGAUGAAUCUGAUGACUGCGAAUGUGAGGACGAAGAUGAAAAUGAUAACGGAGAGCUCAAGUUCACGCUCUCGUCCGCUUCGAGCGGAGAGAGUAUCGAUCCAAAUAUAUCUCUAUCUCCUUCUGACGAUUUGUUCUUCAAAGGCAGGCUCGUUCCGCUAACUGAAACGGAUACGGAAGCCGAUGAAAACACUAAUACUCAUUCCAGGCCGGUUUCGAAAACAACAAAACUGCGAGUGCUGAUGCUGAAAUUGAAGAAAUCGACGAAGCUAAACGCGACGAAAGCAGAAGAUAACGACGAGAACGGAGAAAAUUGUGUUGAUGCGAAGAAAGACGACAAAAUUAAGCAGCCUGCGAGGUUUUUUACGGUGAAAUUUAAAGUCGAUGAGGUUCCGGUGUUGUCUCUGUUUACCAGAGAGAACAGCUCGAAAGUUUCGAUUAAACAAAAUAAAGAGGAGAACAAGGAAAGUACGGGGAAAUCGAAAACGAUAAUCGAAGAAGAGGAGAAAGUGUUUUCGAAAGAUGUGGUGAACAAGUACUUGAAGAAGGUGAAGCCGCUGUACGUUCGCGUUUCGAAGCGAUACGGCGAGAAAUUAGGUUUUUCGGGGCACUUGAGCUUGGCCGGAGCGGCGGGAACGCCGAAAGCGAGCGAUUUGAGCGCGGCGGAGGCGACGCAGCGGAGUAAUGUGAAGAGUUUGAAGCUAGGGAUCGGCUUUCCGGAGAAGCUGCGUGUGGUGAGGAAGCAGUUAGGGAAGAGUAAGUCGGCGUCGGCGGCGGUUACGGCGGCGGAGUCGCCGCCGGUGGUGGUGGCGAAACGGCGGGAUGAUUCGUUGUUGCAGCAACAGGAUGGGAUUCAGAGUGCUAUUUUGCAUUGUAAAAGGUCGUUCAAAGCUUCCAGAGAGUUGGAAGGCAAGGGAGGGAACGUAGGAAACGAAAGUGUAAAGACAGCUGAAUUGUCUUGUUCGGUGGAAAAAGCGAAAGGAGAUAUGCAAUGAAUCGGAGAAAAGAAUAGCUUGGGAAAUAAUUUUUCUCGAAUUAUAUUAUUAUUAAUGAUAGUUGAAUAGAAUUUUAGAAAUGGUCAUUUUAUAUUAUGACUUGUGAUUUGUUGGUUUGUACAAAGUUUAGAUAAGGACUAGUGAGAGAUCCUCAGAGCUAGAUUUAGCUAUGGUAGUGUAGGAGAUUGGUAGUAGAGUGUACUCCUACUCUAGUAUUAAUAUUUUAAUUUUAUAUUGAAAUAAAAGAAUGAGUAAACGCUGUAUUUUCCUUUA